CGACAGCAUCUUCAUACCUGAGGAACCGGUGAAAGAACCCAGUCUAGAUCAGACCAUGUCCCAGGAAAACGUUUCUGAUAAAGUUAGGAGCCUGCAGAGGCAGAUUGCACAAAGUAUUAAGUUUGGCCAGAAACCCCCUUCUCAGAGGAAGAGUGAAGGAGAUGAGGACAGUUCAGAUGAAGAAGAGGUUCCCCGGAGCCCUAUAAAGCUAUUGGCCCAUGUGGAGGCUGAGUCAGGACAAACAGAGCCAAAGGUAGUCCAGGGGGCACAACCGACCGGAACACACAGCACUCCGGUAAAGUCCCCCAGGUCCAAAAGAGUUCUUCCACCCACCGGCACUAUUGAGUCCAUCAAUCUGGAUGCUGUCCCACAGUCUGUUCCUCGCUUAGACAAUACUGCUGCCAAGCAUAAACUGUCUGUCAAACCUAAAAACCAGAGAAUCUCCCGCAAACACCGUCGGUUUACACAGGAGCUCCAGGAAGUAUCAGUUCCCAGUGUGCUACAAGAGGACCUUGAGGCAGCAGGCAUUUCCACAGACAGUCAGCACAGGACAGCUGCUGAUGAGCCUUAUUAUGAGUCCCAAGACAUCUCUACGAAACAGAGGCUACAUGAGGAAGACAGGUGGGAGUCCAAGGGGAGGAGAGAGCUGGAGGAACAGAGGCUCAGACAGGAGGAAGAGGAGCAUAUGAGGAGGGCAGAGGAGGUAAAGCUGCAUGAGCUAGAAGAGGAGAGGUGCCGUAAACAAGAGGAGGAUCGUAUCCAUAAAGAGGAGAAAGACAGAAGGCACAGAGAGGAGGAGAAGAAGAGGAUUCAGGAGGAGGAAAGAAGAAGGCGAGAAGAGGAAGAGCAAACCCAAAGGGAGGAAGAAGAAAGGAUUCGAGAAGAACAAGAAUGCCAACUGAGGGAGAAGGAAGAGAGAAUAUGCUUGGAAGACCAGAGGAGAAAGGAGGAGGAAGAGAGAAAGAAGAGAGAGGAGGAAAGGAGGCAGCAGGAGCUUGAAGCAGAACAUCUACGUCUAGAGGAGAAACGGUUUCAGGAGGAAAGCGAAGAAGAGGAAAGACAGAAAAAACUAGAGAUACAGAGGCAGAGGACAGAGGAGAGGAGGAAACUGGAAGCAGAGGAGAAAAAGAAAAAAGAAGAGGAGGAACAGAAGAGACUAUCAUUGGAGGAGACUGAUGGCAGCUUGGAUCCACAAGAGAGGAAGAGGAGAGCAGAGGAGCUGCGCUGGAGAGAGAUGGAAGAGAGACAGAGGCCUUUUUCAUUCAAAGUGUCCUCCGGUGAAAAACAGAUUUUGUUCCAGAAGGUCAACUUAACACCUGUUACACCAGUCUCUGGUCACCAGGGUGGUGCUGUGUCCGACCAGCAGGAAGGUACAAAAGCCUCCUCUCCUGAAGGACCAGAGUCCCCAAACCUGCCGUCAUCUCAGUAUGUCCCCCAUACAGCCAUCUUGGUGACAGGGGCUCAGCUCUGUGGGACUGCGGUAAAUUUAGACCAGAUCAAAGACACAGCCUGCAAGUCCCUGCUUGGUUUGGGUGAGGAUAAGAAAGCCCUGAGUACCCCGCCAACCAAGAGCAAGACCUCACCAGACCGCAUGUGUGGCAAAACCAAAUCCCUCAACGAAUCUUCACUCUCUACAGACCAGUCCAGUGCAGCUAUGCUGGCAGAAUGGGCUAGCAUUCGAUUGAAAAUAUUCAAAGGAGCAGAGGAGGGGAAGUAUGAGGAUUACCCGGACCUGAGCCGAAACAACAGUCGUCCUAGCAGCGAAAAUUUGAAUCAGUCUCCUUUCUCACACACCAACCUCAGGAAGACCAUGUCUGCCAGCGCCAAGUUCUCGAUCACCCCAGCUAACAAGAAAUUUGGAGACUCAAAUAGGAACUCUGAGUUUUUAAGUCCAGAGGACAAAGAGGGAGGAAAGCAGGUUACUCCAUCUGACAGCCACCCUGCACCCCCUGUAGUCUCCCUAACCCCAGUUAGCAAAGCUCAGAAUAGGACAAGUAAGACUGUCCGUAUUGCAGACAGAGGGUCAGAGGAGUGUAUGUUUGCCAAAGACCUCCCCUCUUUCCUGGUUCCCAGCCCUGGCACCAAACCUGAGGGGGAGGAGAUGAAGGGCAGAAGUCAGGGUGAGGCAGAGGACAUCGACAGCAGAGAACAGGGAGAGGAAAAGAGCCAAGACAGUGAUGAUAAACCUUCUCCUUUCGGCAUAAAGCUGAGGAGGACCAACUACUCCCUCCGCUUUCACAGUGAACAGUCUAUAGAGAAAAGGAAGAAAAGGUACAGCGCUGGGGACAGUUUUGAUGGGGUCCCAUCACCCCUCACACCCAUAGAGCCAGACUCUGAUGCUUCUUCUGUGUUUUCUGAUAAAUCAAGCCCCACUUCACCUCAAAACGAGGGCAGAGGGAGCAAGUUCUUACAUGCAGCUGCAUCACCUGCCAUCCCACGGUCCAAACCAGGCAAGUUGUCUAGCGCUGCCAUGCACAGUGAGAGUGAGAAAGUGCUUUCCAAACCACCAUUCUACCAAAGACCCACCACAUCACCCAAACCUUCUGGAGCUGUUACGACCCCUCCUCCAUCACCGCUGCCCAAAGUUGUGCACAGGGAUCCUGGUGAUGCCAUGGCCCAGAGAUCAGUAGGAGCAACAGAUUUAUCCAGCCAGGAACAGGCUGACAAGGGUGAGGAAUCCUCAGCAGUGGCCCAGCUGCACAGAAGCAGCCAGGGCCAGACCCAAGGGCAAGGGGAGGAUGAGCCCAAGGAGAAGAGGUCUUUCUUUCCCUCUAUCAAUAUCCCAUGGAGAGAAAAGGUGGACAGAAAGACAGAACUCAUCAAAAGAGAAAAGCCGUCAUUACACAGCAGGCAUUCACUGGACAGUGCACGGGUCCAGGAGAAGGAAACGGGCCCCUUAUGGAUCACACUAGCACUGCAGAAGCAGAGGGGCUUUAGGGAGCAGCAGCAGAGCAGAGAGGAACGGCGCAGCCAAAGAGAGGCCAAACUGGCUGAAAAACAGUCUAAGGAGAAAGAGAGUGCUACACUGGUCAGUCCCUCAAACAGCAAGGGAAAUGGAAGCACCAGCCCUUCGAAACCUCAGACAGCAGAAGAGCCCAAGAGACCUGACAGCCUCCUGGGGCGUUUUGAGCGUAGAGACCACCUAAAGAAAGCGAACACUCUGCCCAGUUCUGUUACAGUUGAGAUUGCAGACUCCACACCAUCGCCACCUGCUGUGAAGGAUGUGUCAAAACGCUUCCCCUCCAGUGACUCUCCCCAGGUGUCCACAGAGCCAGCAUGGCUGGCCCUGGCCAAACGUAAGGCCAAAGCCUGGAGCGACUGCCCUCAGAUUAUUAAAUAACGUCCUCAAAGAACCAAUCCAGCUUCAAAUCGGACGCUAGCCUGCAUCAAGACUGCA